CGCGACCAUGCCGAAACUGUGAACUUCGCUGAUGUCUUUGCGAACGAUACUUUCCAAGCCUGUUCCUCAAUGUGCCAGGACUUCGCUGCGUCGAGCAAAGCUUGAGCGAUACGACACAAUCCGGACAUUUUUCAAUAAGCAGCAUGCGUCCAGCGUGCAAACCGCGCCUCGUUCCUAUCCGCUCCGUCCGCUUCAGAGCCCACUACAUCACCUGGUAUUCGCGCGUUGCUUUCAUGCAUCAUGUACGAGGCUCGAUGAGCAGCGUCUACCCAAAAAGGACGAGGAGGGAGCCGAGAGAGAACCAGAUCCGUUGUCCCCUCCCCCGUCUCCGCCCCCACCAAACUACGACAACUACACUCCAUUUUCCGGCGAUUGGCUAUGUCCGUGCCGCAUCUACCGCGGCCAAGUCGCGACGAUUUCUUGAAGUUGGCUACGGGCUUUUGGGCGCGUGCGCGGAUACGGUUCAAGUGGUUCACGAUCAAAUCCUUCCGGCGAUUCAACGCAGACGACAUCUCGGCGUUCAUAACGCUGAUCUUGAUGAGCCAGACCCUGUGGAUCUUUGUGGGAACAACGACCUUUUUCUCGGUCAUAUUUGCCAUAGCAAACAGCUUCCGCUUGCAGGCAGACUAUAUUGCGCGCGGUAUCAGCGACUACCUCACGUCGGAGACUGGCGUGACGGUCAUUUUCGAGUCGGCCAUUGUCCCUAAAUGGAAAGAUUCGCGCAUUUCAUUCAAGAAUGUGUUCAUCUCUCAACGCCCCAAGUCCUUCCCGUCGCCCAUUCGUCGGCAGGACAGCGAAGGAUUCGCCCCCGGAGGAUAUGACAUCACAGGGCAUCCAGUGUACCAUCAUGAAGAGGAUGAUGAUAAACUCGCGGAGGAGGAGGAGGAGGACACAAACUACACUAUGUUCGACCUGAACGUCGAUUCGAUAGAUGUGACACUGUCCUUGUGGCGGUGGUUCGAAGGCAAAGGCCUGGUUCAGGAUGCAGUCAUCAAGGGUGUUCGAGGAACCCUUGACCGGCGAAACGUGACCUGGGACCCAGACCAUCCUUGGGAUCCAGUAGCCUUUCGACAUAAGGCACGACCAGGCGACUUCGAGCUCGAGUCGCUGCAGAUAGAGGAUCUGCUGCUGACUGUAUAUCAGCCAGGAGACUUCCGGCCGUUCACAGCGUCCAUCUUUCGUGCAGACAUCCGAUGUUUCCGCAAGCAGUGGAUUUUCUACGACUUUUUGUCCGCAGAAAACGUCGUAGGGCAAUUCGACAACUGCUUGUUUAGUCUGCACAAGCCGCAGAGCAUCGGAAGGACUACGACUAUGGACCUGAAGGACGGAGAUUGGGGCAGGAUGACCCGUAUCCGUAUGGACGGGAUCCCGAUAGACCACAUCCAGCGUGCUUCGACUACUGAGGGCCCCAUUUCGUGGAUCGUUUCGGGCAAAAUGGAUGUCGUGUUCGACAUCAAGUUCCCUCGGGAUCCGGAAGACGACUCACAACUCAACGCUCUCAUAGGCGAGAUCGCAGAUGCUAUCAGCACCUCUUUGGCUUCCGUGGAACGGAUUCCCGGCCAGCACGGUCUCGCACGUCCACCGUUGCAAGUUCCAGAGAAAGCUUCGUCAAGUGUCGACACAAGACGUCAACUCAUUAUUGACAUCGAUUUGCGAUUCCGCGAUCUCAAGGCAGCUGUUCCCAUCUUCACCAAGGACCUGUCUUAUGUCAAUAACGCACUCAUUCGACCGAUAGUGAGCUUUAUGAACGCGAACCGAACACUGGUUCCCAUUCGCUGCAGAGUCGUCAAAGAUGUCGCCGAUUUCGAUGGCUCUUGGACAAUGUGGGAGUCGGGGCUCAUGGACGAACUGGCGCUGGAGGUUUACGACGCCAUGGCCUACCAUGUCACACAGGCUAAUAUGAACAAGCGCAUCAAGACUGUCAGCAUUUGGAGUCUGCAGAUGACCGCUGGCGCUGUGAUCUCGACUUUGAGGACGUUCAUUGAUCCAGUGUCAGCUCGUCUACGGGAGGCCUACCAAAACCGGCGUGGACUUUACGAAGCCUUGUAUGCCGAGCCACUCUUUGAUUUUUGAUGUAUAUACGCCAAUCCUAACGACCGUUUCAUGUGAUUCCCUGAUUCGGGCGGAGAAUGUUUGUGUCUGGCACGACGAGUUGCAUGAUGUCAUUCAUCAUAUCUUACAUCCGUCGCAACCCGAUUUGAUGCAGUGAUGCGCUUUUGAGCUACAUGUGAUGACAUACCACACCGGCGCUGACGAUCGCUGUUCUCAGUCUUCUUACACACCACCAUGGUCUCCGACGCUCUUCUGGAAAUUGGAUACCGCUGGCUAGACCAGGGUCUUGUGCCCGACUUCAUCAUCCGACGUGUCAUUCGCGCGCUUCUCCGCGAACGCCUACGCGAAAUCGACCGCGGGACGUUCGAGGCCAACCAUGCUGCGAAGAUGAAGUGGGUCGAGGACGUCCGUACGAGAGUGCAGAUCGCAGAGUUGACUGAGAAGGCCAAUGAGCAGCACUAUGAGGUCACCACGAACUUCAUCCUCUCCACGCUCGGCCCCUAUGCCAAAUACUCGUCCUGCCUCUACCCGACAGGGAAAGAGACACUCGCCGAAGCGGAGAUCCACAUGCUCGAGGACUACUGCGUCAAGGCGAAGCUCCGCGACGGCCAGGACGUACUCGAUCUCGGAUGCGGGUGGGGAAGCCUUUCGCUGUUCCUCGCACAGAAAUACCCUGGCUCACGGAUCACCGGGCUGUCGAAUUCGGCUACGCAGAAGGCCCAUAUCGACUCGACUGCUAAAGCGAGGGGGCUGACGAAUCUUGAGAUCGUCACGGCAGACGUCAAUGUGCACGAUUUCGCGGGGUCCAAGUUCUUCGACCGUGUGCUCUCGAUUGAGAUGUUUGAGCACAUGAAGAACUACGAGGUCCUGCUUGCCAAGAUCUCCUCCUGGAUGCGACCGACUCCGAAGGAGAAAUCACUCGAUGGCGACGAAUCCCUUCUUUCGUUCACAUAUUCUGCCACCGCUCCCAGCCAUAUCACUUUGAGAGUGAGGAUGGCUGGAUGGCGCAGAAUUUCUUCUCUGGGGGAACAAUGCCUUCGCACGAUGCACUACUGUACUUCCAGAACGACUUGUCUCUAGAACGCAGCUGGUAUAUCUCUGGUCACCAUUAUUCUCGGACCCUCGAGGACUGGUUGAAACUCCAAGAUCAAAAUAAAAAGGUCGGACUUAAAGAGCUUCACGAUGAUGCUAUUGCGAAAGGCAAAUCUCCUGAAGAGGCUACGGCAAUGUUCCAUCGAUUCCGUGUGUUUUACAUGGCUUGCUCAGAGCUGUUCAACUACGAUGGUGGACAGCAGUGGGGAGUGGGCCACUAUCUGUUCAAGAGGAAAGCAGAUUGAACCUUUCACCUUCCUGCACACGGAGUGAUGUGAUUUCUUAAUGCUAGAGGUCUCAACCUAUCUCGCCAUUGUAGAGUGCUAGGGUGCUACUGACAAUACGAUACUGGAUGUUUUGAGUUACAUGGAACUUGCUGCAGAUGUAACAGCCUACCGCUCAAAAAGCGAGUUUGAGUGUGGGGUGAGACUGGCCUACGUUGAGACCAAACAUCGUUAUGAAUUGACGAUUAUUCAAGCACGCUUGCAGGUUACAUGGCAGAUUAGCUAGGUAUCUGAGAUUACGCACGUGAUAUGAAGCGAGAAUGUACACGUGAUAAAAGCGCUGUCACAAUUUCACGCGUACCAGAGCACUACGCUCCCACAUCCUUUCAACCGCACUCCAAUACCGAGCAGGAUCCAGUCGUUCGUGUUGGACGUGCUGUGACCCACUGAACCUCUCGACAGAAACGUCGGCGCAGAUCCCUGCCGACUGCAGUUUUACGAGGUGCUCUUCGACAGAGGUGAACGGGACCAUCCGGUCCUCGCUCGAGUAAAUGUACAAUCUCGGCGCAUGACUCGCUGCGCACGGGAACAACUCCGGGCGGAGCAAGCUGGCGUGUAGAUCGGAGAAGAGAUUCGCUUGGCCCAGCAGCAGCCGACGCGCGAGCAUGACCGUGUAGGCCAUCGUGAGCGGCACUGUGGCUACCGCUUUGACUGCGGGGGACUUGAUGUCGGUGGUCAGGGUCGCGAUCAGGGACGUGUACUCGCUCGCACCGGGCGUCGAGUCGAAUAUCGUCGCCGUGCGGACGGUGCGCCUAGAGUCGGAGGAUGCCAGCUUCCGAGCCAUCAGCCGAGACAGGGUAAUGAAUUGGAAGGCGCCACCUGCAGUAGUCCCUUAGAUUAGCCCGGACAGUUGGCGAGAAACCCACCAUUGGAGAUGACGUGCAUGAGCAUUCCCCGCUUUACAUCCUGACUGGAAUGGUAGACUGUCGAGAGCAGGAAGUCUGCGAUGGGAGCAAGUGUGUCGUCCUAUGAACAUUGGAGAGGCUGGAUCCGAGAGCAUUGAGAACACGGACCCUCUUCUGCUCACUAGACCAUAUGAAGGACGGAUGCGAUUGCACGGUGAUGAUGUCUGCUGCCGGCCAUCGCUUGCGGUGCUUCGCAGCAUAUUUCUCGAGCAGCCGGUGCGGAGCGUCCACUGAGGACGGCGUUAAUGAAUAAAAAAGGUAUGGAUGGCUGCAAACGUACUCCAUCCGAACAGGACUACCACCCGAGGGUCAUUUGCACCGUGCGCAGGAGAUGUUGAAUACGAGAUGUUGACGUCUGGACCUAGUUUCUCGAACACAAGUGGGAGGUCGUUGGACGCAAGUGCUGGGGGGACUUUAGAGAUCCAUUGCUCCUGGAGACGAGGGAGUCGCGCUACCAUCCUCUGCACUCUGUGCGACUCUGACCAGGUCACCCCAUGUGUCAGGCUUUGGGGUGGUAGUAGCCAUCGGACAAUUUUUUGAGGAGAGAAUCCCGAGCGGAGAUGACAGCUGAAAAGACCGAGGCUCGAUGCAGCGGCUUCAUCGGAAAUAGAGAGAAUCUCAUCUGUUGACGAGCUAUGCGACGAGGUUUUGGGGCGAGAUGAUGGGGAGGAGUGAAUGUAACCCCUUUGGGCCGCUGUACGUGAACGCCGCACAAUCCCGAUUCAGAGUGACUGUUAUCAUCAACUUCUGAUCUGUACAUCUCGAAUUUCCAACUGAGCAUGCAUCUUGCGCAUCGCCACGCCGGAGGCCUGCCCAGUCCUUGGCCACCCAUGAUUCGAAGCUUCUUUUCAUCUAAUGAUGUUGAGCUGAGCUGGUUUGCUCGCCGACACGUGUGUGUGUCCCAACUCAGCUGGGCCAGCCGCUCGCGCAGGAGACCUGUAUACGUAUCAUGGAGCAUAUUCUCCGUGAUGGGUCGUCGGUUAUUUAAGAGCCCACCGCACGGGCGAGCACACGAACCCCGCCACAGACGCGUCCUCACCAACCAUGGCGACGAAAAAACAAGCAGCGCUUGCCCAAACACACCUCUUCACUCGGGCCGUAGACGACUUUACCCUUUCUUCCCCGGACCGCGCGGAAGUCACACUGGAACGCGCCAGAGUGAUUGCGACGUCCUUUGACUUGUCGGUGCAUGAUGUGCUCACUUGCUCAGAGAAGUUCUGGGAGAGCACCUUGGAUCCGCUCAACACGAUAGAUGGGGCAGCUAGCGCGUUGUGGACCAUACAAGUUAACCUUGCAUGCGGGACGAUCUCCGAAUUCACCGAGUCGCGGCCAGAAUUGAAAGAGCUGUGCCGGAAAAUUUUGGCUUUUGAAGUCUCCGCGCACUACAUGUUGACGGAGGUGGAUCAUGGCCUAGACUCGCAGAACAUCGAGACGACAGCCACCUUGCUGGACGACGGAACUUUCGAGGUGCACACACCCACGCCCGGAGCCGCCAAAUUCAUGCCAUCCAGUCUUCCCGUUGCUGGAGUUCCGAGAGUGGCUAUUGUCAUGGCACGCCUCGUCGUAAAGGGGAAGGAUCGAGGCAUCCGGCCAUUUGCCGUCCCUCUCAACGACGGACGAACCAUGUAUCCGGGAAUCUCUUGUCGUGAGUUACCGCACCGCUCUGGCACGCGGCCCAUCGCGCAUGCUAUCACGUACUUUGACCGGGUGAAUAUCCCCUCGUGGGCAUUCAUCGGCGACUUCCAGGCUUCGCUGCAUCCCCGAAUCCAAUUCCUGCGAAGCAUCUGGCGGCUCGGCAUUGGCUCCGCCACGAUUUCGUCGCUCAGCAUCCCUGCCAUGCGCGUGAUGGCGCAAAUCGUGACACAAUUUGCCCGCCUGCGCAAAGUGACUGACUCGUCCGGGAAGGUCGUCCCCAUCAUCAGUUUCCGCACGACACAGAUUCCCAUUCUCCGUGCCCUGGCGCAGGCCGAUGCGCUCGAAGCGUUGUACAAAGAGAUUCGGCCGUACUUCUCUGCUGCGGACAACAGCAAAUUGACUGACGUCAUCAACAUCCGAAACGGGCUUGCCGACGUUUUCAAGACUGUGACAGUGCAUCACUAUCGAGAGACGAGCAUCACGCUUACGGAUAGGCUGGGUGCCCGGGGACUGUUUACCGAAAACCAACUUAUUGCCCUCGAGAUGGAGCUCCGCGGAAUGACCAUCGCAGAGGGCGACGUGACUGUGCUCUGCAUUCGGUUAGCGAGCGAGCUGUUGAUGGGAAGGUACACACUGCCUCCUGCGAGACAUCCGGAAGCUCUGCUGGCACGUCACGAGCAGGGACUGAUGCUGGAGAUGACUUCCAUUCUCAAGUCUUUCGGCAGCAAGCACCGAUCGGAGAACUUCAACCAGCUUCUUUUGCCCCGUUCUGUGGCGCUUGUCGUGGCAAUCGGACAUCGCAUGGCUUACGAGGCGGCGCUUGACGCUCCAGUCAUGACAGAGCUGGUGGCGUUAUACGAGGCCACUGCAGUCAUGCACGAUUUGGCCUGGUAUGUCGAGAACGGGCUGCUUACGAGGCAGGCGGCGAUUUCGGCAGAGACGGAUGCGCUCAGCGGAGCAUUGCCCUUGCUCGACCAGCUUCUGGAGAAGAACGGAUGCGCUCCCUAUGUGCAUGCGCCCGCUGCUUCGCAUCACGCCUGGGACAAGUGGGUUGCAUCUUUGCCCAUGUUGGACAAUCAUACUGCGAGGGCUCGUUUAUAAUAUAUCAUACAUAUUCACUCACUAUUUCUUAUUCAUUCUUUAUCCUCUUCACAUAUCUCAUCUGUACUGUAAUGUAACACUAAUCAAAUCGUCACGCACAUCGACGACUCGAGCCA